AUUCCUGCCCCUAGCCUGACCGGGUGAGGUUUUUCACACAGUUCCCCUUGUUCCUGUAAGCAGAAGAAACCAAAUCAUAUCAUCAAACCCUCAAUUUGACUUGCUAAUCGAACUAUUCACCCACAAAUCUUCGAAAACCCUAAUCCAUCUCCACCCAAAAUUACACAAUUAGGGCGCAAUCAACACAGUUUCACUGCAUGGCAUCACCGAACAAACCUCGGCCGGGAAACGACCGUGCACCCGCCGCGAUUCUCCACCAGCCAGCCUCCCCUCGAUUCCCCUCCGGAACACCCACCUCCGGCGCCAACCGCAAAAUCGCGAUCGCCGUCGAUCUCAGCGACGAGAGCGCCUUCGCCGUCAAAUGGGCCGUCCAAAAUUACCUCCGGCCCGGGGACGCCGUCAUACUCCUACAUGUCCGCCCGACAUCCGUCCUGUACGGCGCCGAUUGGGGCGCCAUCGACCUCUCCGUCGACACCACCGAUGAGAAGUCGCAGCAGAAGCUAGAGGACGACUUCGACAAUUUCACCACUACUAAAGCCAACGACUUGGCUCAGCCAUUGGUGGAGGCCAGCAUCCCGUUCAAGAUCCAUAUCGUGAAGGACCACGAUAUGAAGGAGAGGCUCUGCUUGGAGGUUGAACGGCUGGGAUUGAGUGCUGUGAUUAUGGGGAGCAGAGGGUUUGGAGCUUCUAGAAGGACUAGUAAAGGGCGGCUUGGGAGUGUGAGUGAUUACUGCGUGCAUCACUGUGUUUGCCCCGUGGUGGUUGUGAGGUUUCCGGAUGAGAAAGACGAGGGCGAUGCUAGUACGGCCGGUGGUUCGUCAAAGGCGGUUGAUAAGGAUGCUUUGGGGCUGCAUACAGUUCCUGAGGAAGAAGAGCCUCUGUUUCUUGAUGCUUCUGAUAAGAAUGCAGAUGUCGAGAAGACUUCUUGAGCAGAUGACUCGAUAAGGUCGGUUUUUUUUUCUCCUUUUUCAAGAGAGAGUGAAAUGGUAAUUAUGGAUGUGUGUUGUAGCAUGUGAAAGAACGUGUGCUAAAUUGUGUCGAAGUCUUUCUUUCUAUUUGUGCUUUGGCUGCUGUAUUAAUUUCACUUUGGAGUUGGAUUGAUCACCAUUGUUGAUUAGUUCCGUUUUUCUUCCCUUCUCUUUUCGAACCGCUGUACAAAUACACUCUUCCAGUUUUAUUCACAUUUCUGUCGUUGUGUGUA